CGAGCCGAAGAUGCGGCGGGGUUGGAAGAUGGCUCUGUCUGGGGGGCUACGGUGCUGUCGCCGGGUACUUUCCUGGGUACCAGUGCUUGUUAUUGUCCUCGUCGUGCUCUGGUCCUACUAUGCCUACGUCUUUGAACUCUGCCUGGUGACUGUUUUGAGCCCAGCAGAAAAAGUUAUCUACCUCAUACUCUACCAUGCCAUCUUUGUGUUCUUUGCCUGGACCUACUGGAAGUCUAUCUUUACACUUCCACAGCAGCCAAACCAGAAGUUCCACUUGUCCUAUACAGACAAAGAGCGCUAUGAAAAUGAAGAGAGGCCUGAGGUUCAGAAGCAGAUGCUUGUUGAUAUGGCCAAGAAGCUACCAGUUUACACAAGAACCGGGAGUGGAGCCGUACGAUUCUGUGACCGGUGCCAUCUGAUCAAGCCAGACCGCUGUCACCACUGCUCUGUCUGUGCCAUGUGUGUAUUAAAAAUGGAUCAUCACUGCCCUUGGGUUAAUAACUGCAUUGGAUUUUCCAACUACAAAUUCUUCCUUCAGUUCUUAGCUUAUUCUGUUCUCUACUGCCUGUACAUUGCUACAACAGUCUUCAGCUAUUUCAUCAAAUACUGGAGAGGGGAAUUGCCCAGUGUUCGCUCUAAGUUCCAUGUCCUUUUUCUCCUCUUUGUGGCCUGCAUGUUUUUUGUCAGCCUUGUGAUUCUCUUUGGUUACCAUUGUUGGCUUGUCAGCAGAAACAAAACCACCUUAGAGGCCUUCUGCACUCCAGUGUUUACAAGUGGCCCAGAGAAAAAUGGGUUCAACCUUGGCUUCAUCAAGAAUAUCCAGCAGGUGUUUGGAGAUAACAAGAAGUUCUGGUUAAUACCUAUUGGGUCCAGCCCUGGUGAUGGACACUCCUUCCCUAUGAGAUCUAUGAAUGAGUCACAGAACCCACUACUAGCAAAUGAAGAACCCUGGGAAGACAAUGAGGAUGACAACCAAGAUUAUCCAGAAGGCUCAUCAUCUCUUGCUGUGGAAACGGAAACAUAGCAGUUUUCACAUUUCCUGCAUCUCUCAGACAGGAUCCACCAUCUCCCACGAGGCUUACAGAGUUCAGUGUUGGGAACCAUUCUAAUCUUCAAAAUAAGUCACCAUGUUGGAUUGAAAGCUUCACAAUUUGAAAGCAUUCCAUCAAAUACUUGCUGUGCAAAUGUUUCAGGACUUUACACUAUUUAAUUUACUGACUGAACUCCAAUUUGGUAGCAGUUAAUUCAAGCCAGUUUUCCUUUCUUUCUUCAUUCCCCCCCCCGCAAUCCGUGAAAGCCUAAAUGUAAAAUAUAUAUUUUUUCAUUCAUUUUAUCAGGUAAAAGGGAAUUCAGAAGACUUCCCUGGAGUCUUUAAUUCCCAUAGAAAGACUAUUCAUUAUAUCUAUAGGGUCUUUUUGGCGUCGAAGGGAAUCAGACUGCAUUUGCUGCUUGCGUGCAUGUGCAUUUAUAAACGUGUAUGUGCAGCAUAUCUAUACAAAACUCUGCUAUUGUGUUGUGAAAAUUAAGAUUAAAAAAUCUGAGGCAUUUAUUUAAUCAUGCCUUUUCUCUAAAUAGCCAUUUAAAUAUUUGCCGAGCUUUGAACCAUCCCUACAUCAGGUAUCUAAAAUUCAAGAGGGUGAUUCAAUACACUGUGACCAAGGUCUUCAAAUUGGGGAUCGAACAACAACGUAAAACCCGUCCUCUGUCACAGAGGUUCCUGAAAGUACCACAGCUAAUUGAGAAGAUCAAAUCAGAUCAGGUCAGGACUUCCACUUUAUUAAACAU